AUGUCUCAACGUCACCCACAGUGUCCCAGGACGUCUCAACGUCACCGACAGUGUCUCAGGACGUCUCAACGUCACCCACAGUGUACCAGGACGUCUCAACGUCACCCACAGUGUCCCAGGACGUCUCAACGUCACCGACAGUGUCUCAGGACGUCUCAACGUCACCCACAGUGUCCAGGACGUCUCAACGUCACCCACAGUGUCCCAGGACGUCUCAACGUCACCCACAGUGUCUCAGGACGUCUCAACGUCACCCACAGUGUACCAGGACGUCUCAACGUCACCCACAGUGUCUCAGGACGUCUCAACGUCACCCACAGUGUCCCAGGACGUCUCAACGUCACCCACAGUGUCCCAGGAUGUCUCAACGUCACCCACAGUGUCCCAGGACGUCUCAACGUCACCCACAGUGUCCCAGGACGUCUCAACGUCACCCACAGUGUACCAGGACGUCUCAACGUCACCCACAGUGUACCAGGACGUCUCAACGUCACCCACAGUGUACCAGGACGUCUCAACGUCACCCACAGUGUCCCAGGACGUCUCAACGUCACCCACAGUGUACCAGGACGUCUCAACGUCACCCACAGUGUACCAGGACGUCUCAACGUCACCCACAGUGUCUCAGGACGUCUCAACGUCACCCACAAUGUACCAGGACGUCUCAACGUCACCCACAGUGUCUCAGGACGUCUCAACGUCACCCACAAUGUACCAGGACGUCUCAACGUCACCCACAGUGUCUCAGGACGUCUCAACGUCACCGACAGUGUCCCAGGACGUCUCAACGUCACCCACAGUGUACCAGGACGUCUCAACGUCACCCACAGUGUACCAGGACGUCUCAACGUCACCCACAGUGUACCAGGACGCCUCAACGUCACCCACAGUGUACCAGGACGUCUCAACGUCACCCACAGUGUCUCAGGACGUCUCAACGUCACCCACAGUGUACCAGGAUUUAUUAGAAUGAUUUAA